AAGUAACCGGAAACGGAAGCCACACUAUAGGAUGAAACAGAAGAAUUAGAUUUUGUUAAAGAAGCCGCCUAAUCGGCUACUAUAUGUGAAAUGAGUGGAGACGGUGCACUGAUUAUUAAAAUAGAAGACGAUAAUAAACUUUUGGAUGAAGUAGAGGAAACAGAACAGCUUAAUGUUCAAGAAGUUCAUAUCCAGUCAGUUGCCUUUUCUAAUUUUAUAGUGUAUUCAAGUGUUUUAUUCAGUUAUAAGGCUAUUUAAGCUAUGUAUUUGUAAUUUAAUACCAGUAUGAAAAAUAUUGAUUGCAGAUACAGAAUAUUUAUUGUUGUUGGAUGAGAGAGAUCCUCUUUUCUAAACUACAUUGCUGAUUUUUUAAAUACUUUUUAGUGUUAGACUCAGAAAAAUUAUUUAUUCUCAUUGAAAAAUGUUUAUUACUUUUACAAAAUAAAAAUUUCUCCAUAAAAUAACCGGCGAGUUAUUUUUAGCCUUUGACUACCGGUUUUUACCUUGAUAAGUCUUAUCGUAUUAGAUAUUAAAACAAGUAUAUUCUUUCAGAUCAACUGAUCUCUUCCCAAAGCAAGAGAGAACUACUUUCAGAUGUCAAAGAGACAAUUGUACUUACAUAACAGGGAAGAAAGAAUUAUUAAAGAAGCAUGAGUUAAUGCACGUUAGGAAAUAUCCUUGCAUGUUCCCUGGUUGUCAGCACGCAGCUCAAACUAAAAGCAAUCUCAGAAGACAUGAGGCUACUCACUCAAAUAUCCGUCCUUAUAUCUGUGAGAUUUGCCAACAAGCAUUUCGUCAAAAAAUUCAUCUUCAAAGGCAUACCAAUUAUAAACAUUCAAAUGAAAGAAUAAAAUGCGAAUACUGUGAUUAUUUAGCUGCCAAUGCUGAUUCCGAUCUAUCAACUCAUAUGAAAAGAUGUCACCCUGUGGAGGAUGCGCGAAAAAAAGGAUUAGAACCUCCGGAGUUACAAUGCCCUCAAUGCUAUUCAACGUUUACUUCCAAAAAAGAUCUUCAAAAUCAUGCAAAAUUUCAUAGAACACAAGGACCGGAAUUGAAAUUCUCAUGCCCCCAUUGUUCAUUUGUUACGGAUGCAUCUAGUAGACUGCAACGUCAUCUGGUUAUUCAUACUGGCGAAAAGAGAUUCGGUUGUUCUCUAUGUGAAUAUAAGGCAAAUCAGAAAGAACACGUUCUCAGGCAUAUGUGCGUUGUUCAUAAUGUAGAAAAAGCUACAAAAAAAAAGAGGAACGAUGAACCAAGAAAAAAAUAUCCUCCAAGUUGCACUGCUAGUUUGAACAAAGUUCUUGCUUGUAAUAGGUGUGACAUGACAUUCGCCAGAACGUUAUCAUUAUAUAGACAUGUAAAAGAGCAACACGACAUGUCAAUGGUAGAUGCAUGUGGUGCUCAUACCUGUGUUGCCUGCGAUUAUUCGGCUCCAACGUAUAAAGCAUUAGUCAGCCAUAUGAGAAAGCACAACGAUCCACCUCCUCAGGAAAGUGAAGUGACUAAUGUAGAAUUGAACAUGAGUGAAUUAGCUGAUGACGUUGAUGAAGUAGUCGUUGAUGGAAAUAGUCUCUACCGGGAAAGUGAGGAUGGAAGGGUUAUGUUUAUUAAAACUGGCGAUGGAGAUGAAGAUAUUUCGAGUAGUGUACAAGUUUUUAUGACAGUCAAAUAAUAUAUUUCCCUCUCUCUUCUUCUCCUUCUCCUUCUUCAUCUUCUGCUCUUCUUAAUCAUCAAGAAAUUAUUCACUUUAUAAGGGUACGAAAAGAACGACUAGAAAUUUUCAGCAUAAGAAAUAAAUAUUUAUUAUUGAAAUCAAUUAAGCUGCUUAUCCUCCAACAUCGUGAAGCAUGCUUAUCGAUUUUUUUUUUGUAUUUGAUUUGUUAUUUUUUCUCGUUAUUCAAUUAACUGAAACCUGUAUGUGCAUAAGAAGAUAUACAUAUACAUAUCGCAAUUGCAUGUACUGUGAGUUAUAGAGUAUAUAAUAUAUACAUCUACAUUCUAUAUCAAGUGUCAAUUCGCUACUAAACAACGUCUUGAGUUGAAUAGGAGUUGGAUAAUCUUUGUUACCUCUGAAUUUAUCACUUCAGAGAAUACAGAAAAAAUUACCAUC